UCUCUCUCUCUCUCCACUACCUUCACCCCCACAAAAUCUCCUAGAAAAUGCCACUCCCAUUUACCCUUCUGUCCUUUCAUCUCCAACCCCCCUCAUCCUCUCACAAACCAUGGCACUCCCUUAUUACAUUUUCCCUUAUCUCCUCCUCCUCCUCCUCCUCCUUCCAUCGACAUCAGAGUCAAAGCUCACCCUCGACUACUACAGCAAAACAUGCCCGCAACUAUCCCAAAUCAUAACCCAAGUGGUCACCCAGAAGCAAAUCUCGACCCCGACCACGGCCGCCGCCACCCUCCGCCUCUUCUUCCACGACUGCAUGGUAGAUGGCUGCGACGCCUCCGUCCUCGUCACCUCCAACUCGUUCAUUGGCGCGACCGAGCGGGACGCGGACAUCAACCUCUCCCUCCCCGGGGACGGAUUGGACGUGGUCACCCGCGCCAAGACCGCCGUAGAACUCCAGUGCCCCGGUAUUGUCUCCUGCGCCGACGUACUCGCUAUCACCGCCCGUGAUCUUGUUACCAUGGUCGGCGGCCCCUACUACAACGUUCGACUGGGGCGCAAAGAUGGUUUAACCUCCAAGGCCUCCGAGGUUGAAGGGCACAUAGCAAGGCCAAAUAUGUCACUUACACAAAUCAUCUCAGUCUUCGAGUCCAAAGGCCUCUCAAUCCAAGACCUUGUGGCCUUAGCCGGUGCCCACACUAUUGGUUUCUCCCACUGCAGCCAAUUCGCCUACAGAAUCUACAACUUCAGCAAGAAAUCACAGUACGACCCCUCUCUCAACCCGAAAUUCGCCCUAGCCCUGCAGAAACUUUGCGCUAAUUGCACGAAAGACCCCACCAUCGCGGCUUUCAACGACGUGAUGACCCCGGGGAAAUUCGACAACAUGUACUACUCCAAUCUGCAGAAAGGAUUGGGUUUACUAGCCUCGGACCAGGCCCUCGCAUCCGAUUCGCGGACGAAGGAGUAUGUGGAUCUUUAUGCGGCAAACCAGACCGCGUUUUUCGAUGACUUUGCCCGCGCAAUGGAGAAGGUUAGCGUGUAUCAAAUCAAGACUGGAAGGAAGGGAGAGGUGAGGCAUAGAUGUGACACUUUCAAUACGUUGAAUACUAAUAUGCCAGGCCAAACACACAAGGUAGGCCAAACACACAAGGCUUAGAAGUUAUAGAGGGGAUUUGUCUGCUACAAUAAUAGUGCAAGACUUUUUUGAUCCGCUCCAUGACUGUGUAAGAUGGUGACAAAGGUGUUGAGGAAGAACUACGAUCUUCGUUACCGUGGUAGGAGAAUAUACAUGUAAUUUUUUGGCAGUAUAAUUCGGCUUGUGUUAUGAUACACCAAUGCCCACAAGUGAAUUUCAGUUUUGAAUUGACAAAUCGAUUCUGGGUGAA